GAGGAGGCCCUGGACAUGGACCUCCUGCGGAAGGAGGCGGACGAGGGCAUCCUGAACGUGCCGCACCUCUCCAAGUACAUCCUCAACCUGAUCACGCUGCUGUGCGCGCCAGUCCGGGACGAGGCCGUGCAGAGGCUCGAGGACGUGACGGACCCUGUGCAGAUGCUGAGGGGGAUCUUCCAGGUCCUGGGCCUGAUGAAGAUGGACAGGGUCAACUACACCAUCCAGAGCCUGCAGCCGCACCUGCAGGAGCACUCCAUCCAGCACGAGCGCGCGUCCUUCCAGGAGCGCCUCAACAAGGAGCCCGGCCUCCUGGACCACACCACCAAGUGGCUGAGCCGCGCGGCCGCCGACCUCUCCUCGCCGCCCGCCGCGGGCUCCGACCCCUCGGAAGCGUCCGGCGGGGCGGCCUCGGCCCCCAGCGAGGAGCCCAGCCCCGCGGAGCCCCUGAGCCCCACCAUGGUGCUGUCCCAGGGCUUCCUGAACCUCCUGCUCUGGGACCCUGAGAACGAGGAGUUCCCCGAGACCCUGAUGACCGACAGGGCGCGGCUGCAGGAGCUGAAGGCCCAGGCCCAGCAGCUUACCCUGCUGGCCUCCGUCCUGCUGGUGGCCAGCAGCUUCUCGGGCAGCGUCCUCUUCGGCUCGCCGCAGUUCGUGGACAAGCUGAAACGCGUCGCCAAGUCCCUGAUGGAGGAGUUUAGCGCCAGGCCUGAGGAGGCCAUGGCGACCGUGAGUGAGCAGGUGUCCCAGGAGGUCCACCAGAGCCUCAAGGCCAUGGGCCUGGCCGCUCUGAGCAGUGACAACGCGGAGUCCCUGGUGGGGCAGCUCCAGAACAUCGCCAAGAAGGAGAACUGUGUCCGCAGCGUCAUCGACCAGCGGAUCCACCUGUUCCUCAAGUGCUGCCUGGUGCUGGGCGUGCAGCGCUCGCUGCUGGACCUCCCCGGGGGGCUCGCGCUCAUCGAGGCCGAGCUGGCCGAGCUGGGCCAGAAGUUCGUCAACCUGACACACCACAACCAGCAGGUGUUCGGCCCCUACUACACCAGCAUCAUCAAGACCCUCCUCCCUGACGCCCCGGCCCAGGAAACCAAGGUGGAGUCGUGCUGAGCGGGCACGGCUGCCUCUGCACCCGGGGGGUCCCCGCAGGGGCGACACCCCUAGCGGCCAGCGGAGCCACGGACCUCCCCCCUCCUGGGCCCUGCACACCUGGGCAGCGGUUUGCCGGCCCUUGAUUGAAC